GCUUGGCAUUUCAUGGGGUUAAUCAAAUCCCAGUUCAUCACUGACCCUUUCUCUACACCUCCUCAACCAUGAACACUAGCCCCAGCCUAGGAUGGCAACGUCUUGACGACGUCUACUACCGCCUUAGAGAAUGCUACGCCUGGACGGUCCCCCACGAAACCCAUGCCCUUAGCAAAACGUCCCUUGCGCCGAUAACGUCGACACUUCUCGCGCAGAAAGAAGGCAGUGCGUACGCUUAUUCAUCCGUGGGUGCACCCUUAGCGCAACUCAACUGGAAUGCCGCAAAGAGCGGCAACUUGGUCAGCUGCGAAUGGUCGGGUGACUGCCGGGAAGAUGUGUACUUUGUGUCCGCCACCGGGGUAAUACGGCAAGUGUACGACUACAUGAACAACAACUUCCGCGAUUUCCGGAUUUCGAUCGAUGGAUGCCAUAUCCUAGAGGUCAAGCACUGGGAGAAAGGUAUUGUGAUCCGCUUGUCUAACCGAAAGUUCUUUGCCCUUUUCUAUAACCAGUUUCUGACUGACUCGGUACUCCCAGUAGAAAUAGAUCUUUCAGAUAGCCUCCAAACAGCUGAUGUCAUUUAUGGCUGGACCGUCAUGGCUGGAACAGACAAUUCCUUUGAACUCUUAAUCGGAAAGGACCGCACGGUGAUGACGGUUCAGUACAACGCUUCCCUUGCGCGUUGGCUGGUCGUGGAUAAGGCGCUUACGGAGGGUCCCUUUCGCCACAUCAGCGUCUCUCCGAACCGCAAGCUCGUGUCGCUCUACAACGUAGAGACCGGUAAGAACUAUAUUGUUUCCAGCGACUUGGAGCAGUUCUACGCGGAGUACACUAACAAUGACGAAGCCCCUGGUGCCGUCGCGUGGUGUGGAAGCGACGCCGUCAUUCUUGUCUACAAGGAAGAAAUAAAGCUCGUGGGGCCGUCCAGCGAGGCUCUCACGUUCUACUUGAAUGAGGAAGAGAACCUGACCUUCACCGUUGACACCUACAGCUACGAGGAGUAUCCGCUUGUGCGGACAGAGUGCGACGGCUUGAAGAUGUUCUACAAGAACAAAGUGUCAUUUUUGUCCCGCGUAGGUGACGCCUCGGUCGAUGCCUUUCUUAUCGGCUCCACCUCGCCCGCAGCCAUUCUCCUUGACUCCUCCUCCAGCUUGCACCAGCAGUUGACCAACAACAACUCAUUGUUCAAUUUGCAGGAAACCGGGACCCUUGAGCCCGCGAUAACCGACUUGGUGGAAUCUGCCAGGGACGAGUUCGGUAUCCUCUGGCAAAAGCGUUUGCUCAAGUCCAUCCAGCUUGGGCGGUUGUACUUUGAUAAGGACACCACCCAAACGUCCGCCUUGGCCGCUAUCAACGACGCGUAUCUCGAAACGGUCACCAAGCUCCGCAUCCUCAACCAGCUCAGAGCCAGGGAGAUUGGUGUGUACAUCACCUACCAACAGUUCCAGCUGUUGCUCGACGACCACGCGGCAAAGCUCUUGGGGUUACUUUUGAAACGAAACUUGCACUAUUUAUGUUUGAAGUUGUUAAUGGAACUACGCAAGAUCAACGUCAGCGCCGAUCGCUGGUUCGACACAAUUGUCAAUCAUUGGUUCAACCUCAAGAUCAAGCAGUCCAAUUCUGCGAGCGACCAAGAGUUGUACGAGCUCAUCAUUGCCAAAUUGGGCCAGUUUUCCGUGCAGUGCCAGCCUUUCAACGGCCGCAAAGACGUUGUGAUGUCUUUAAAUGAGAUUUGCGACUUAGCCUACCGUGAGGGAAGAUUGACCUUGUGCAAACAAUUGCUCAACCACACCGCAGCUGACCGGAAGUAUCCCCUCGUCAUCACCACAGACGCACAGUUUGUUAUGAAAUUCUUGACUAACCUCGAGGAGCACGAACUCGUGUUGCUGAAGCUCUUUCCGGUACUCACAGAUGAUGGAGACUCAGCCAUAGCUUACAGUUACGAUCUCAGCUUGCUCAGCCUCUAUAUUCUCCAGCAAAAGGUCACCUUGCCCCAUUUUUUCAAGUUGCUCAACCUAACCCAGUUCAACAGCAACGGCUCUAUUAUCUCUAUUGCUAACAGCUCAUUGAUCAGCAGCUUCUGGGUCCAGAACGUGGGAAGAAAAGAGGCCGGUAUGACGGGUCAGUCUGACGUUGAGAAAUGGUACUACCAGCAAGAUAACAAGUUUGAGCUCGAAAACGAGAGGUUUGAAACGGAGUUGAAGGCAAUUGAUCCCAAGGUAGAGAAUAGCACGGUAUUUCGCGAAUUCUCCAUUGAGGAUGUCAGGGCCAGCUACGAGAAACGAAAGCAGAUCUACGAAGCCAUGGUCAAUGAAUACAGCCAAUCUGCGUACAAAUCCGACACCGGCUACCUCAAAAGAGAGCUCUUGUUGCUUGACUACACGUAUGACUUGUCGAAGACCUACCAGAGUGAUUUCAUACAAUACAAGACCAUCAUCGACGUCAUCAAGGUGCUCAUAGGUCCAACCUUCAAUCUCCCGUACUCCAAAUUGGCCAAAGUCCAAAAGCAGUUCAAGGUAAACGACCAAAAGCUCUGGUACACGAUUUUAGACACCUUCACGGUACAGUCCAACAGUUUCAUCAAGUUACAUGAGUUUGUGGUGGACCACAUCUCGAUGUACUCCAGUAACCAACCCCCGAUCGGUUUCGAGCCGAUCAUCGAGCGUUGUAUCGUGCGGGGAAGCCACUUGAACAUGGAAUUUUAUGUCUCAGAGUGCAAGACAUUGACCUACAAACAGAAAAUCGAGAUAUAUCUCAACGUGCGGGAGUACUUGAAGGCCAGUACUUUGGCCUUUGAGAACAAAAACUCAGCCCUCUUGUUAGAGAUCUACGAAACCGCCAUGGAAGACGGACAAUCCAAUGAGAGAACCAGGACCAGCAUUAAGAGGUAUGUGGACCAGUUAAAACGAUGAGCGCAAUGGAUGCUGACUUUGUGUUCAUUUCUUUAUAUAGACUAUAAAAGAUGGCC